AUGGCCAGCCAAAUCCUCAUUAUCUCCCUCAUUUUCUUCGCUGUCGUGGGGCUUGCUUCUGCCGCUGCUGAUGCGCCAACAGCCAAUGAUAGUGAUGAUGACUUCAUUGGUAACGUUGAUGGAGACUUUGAUGCUGCACCCGUUGGUGGGCCCGUUCCUAACGGAGUUUUCACCACCACUACUGGCCCAGCUCCGUCACCCAAAGGCGGUGCAGCUGCGCUCGAGGUCUCUGCUGCUGCCGGUGUCGUUGCCGCGAUUGCCGCAGUUUUCUUCUAA